AUGGCGUAUAGACGGAGACAGCAGCAUGGGUUUUCGAAACCUUCGUUUUCUACCUUCGAAGACGAAACCUCUCGAAACCCUAACCCCUUUCCGCCGCCGAACGACGCCGUUGAAGGUUCAGCUUCGUCUUCGUCCUCGUCUUCACUUGCUGCGAAAGCUAUCAGAGCUUCUUCAGCGCGUCGCGACUCUUCUCUGUCCUCUCUCUACGGUCUCUCCUCUGCUUCUUCUCCGACAGCUCCUUCUCAACCCAUUCCAACUCCUCCUCCUUCCUCCAAGGAUUCAAGACCCUAUGAAUAUACAUCUAUGAAGAACAUGAACGAGUCCAAGAAUGGAUUUUGGGGUGUUCUGGCCAGAAAAGCCAAGUCCAUUAUCGAGGAUGAUAAUAUACCCGAGCAAUCUGAAAUGCCUGGAGCGGGAAGGUCACAAUUGCCUGGUGUAGCAUCUCGGGGCAAGUUCCAAAAUUCAAAUCACCUAGAGGAGAACAAUCUUAAAAGGGACAGUCCAGCAUUUAUGAAGGGAUUAGAUGCUAUCACAUCUUCUCUUACUCAUAUUGGUGGUACCAUUGGUAAAUCUUUGGAGGAAGGUUUAACGAUUGUUGAGAACCGGACUUCAGAUAUCAUUCAGGAAACUCGUAAACAUAUCAGGAAGAAGCCUGGAAACUUUGUAGGACAAAAUCAGGAGACAAACCAUUCUAGUACACUGCAUCAACAAUCCCAACUGCGAAACCAGAUGUCACCAAGGCAAACAGACCAAGAACUUCAACUGAAGGCAUCUCGCGACGUUGCUAUGGCUAUGGCUGCCAAAGCAAAACUACUUCUUCGGGAGUUGAAGACUGUCAAAGCUGAUCUGGCUUUUGCAAAGGAUCGAUGUGCUCAGCUAGAGGAAGAAAAUAAAAUCCUCCGCGAGAAUCGUGAAAGGGGAGAUAGCCACGAUGAUGAUGAUUUGAUACGCCUUCAACUUGAAUCUCUUCUUGCUGAAAAAGCUCGCCUGGCGCACGAGAACUCAGUUUAUGCCCGUGAGAAUCGCUUUCUAAGGGAGGUUGUUGAAUAUCAUCAACUUACAAUGCAGGAUGUUGUCUACUUCGACGAGAGCAAUGAAGAAGUCACUGAAGUUAACCCUCUUAACCUUCCCCAAGUGCCUAAUAUAUCCCUGGAUUCUAUUGCUCCAUCCACAACCUCCCUAUCACAGUCUCCAGAACCCAUCCUUGGCAUGACUUCAGAAUUAACAAGAGACAUCUCAUCUACCAUAUGUGGAAAGGAUGUAAAGAGUUGUGAGGUGACUGUAAAGGACUCACGGAGUUCUGAAGCCACUAGAAGUAUCUCUUCUAUUACAGGACAUGAUGCAAAAUAA